AUGCAUUGUUAUUCGAAUUCCGGGGCCGACUACUUGCACCGGAGGUCUUCUUACAGAGAUGUCAACGUUUUCGACAGCGGCGAGUCUACGUUAUCAGAAAUGGACGAAUCGGAAUCCGGAUCGAGCUCGGUGUCCUCGGGCUCCGGCUCGGAAUCGGCGAUAAACAUAGACCCGAACCUGCCCUAUCCAGGAAUAGCUCCGGUGACGUUGAGCUAUCUUUCCCAAACCACCAGGCCCAGGAGUUGGUGUUUAGCGCUAGUUUCUAGCCCAUGGUUCGAAAGGAUAUCCAUGUUAGUUAUUCUACUAAAUUGCAUAACUUUAGGAAUGUACCAGCCUUGUUUAGAUAAAGAUCCUUGUACUACAAAUAGAUGUCAAAUAUUACAAAGAUUUGACGAAUUUAUAUUCGCCUUCUUUUCCCUCGAAAUGACAAUCAAAAUGAUCGCCAUGGGUAUACACGGUCGCGGUUCGUAUUUGGCCGACUCCUGGAAUCGACUCGAUUUGUUCAUAGUGAUCGCCGGAGCGGUCGAAUACAGCCUGCCCAAUUUCAAUAACAUCAACCUGUCGGCGGUCCGAACGAUCAGGGUAUUGAGGCCUUUGCGAGCUAUCAAUAGAAUACCGAGCAUGCGAAUAUUGGUCAUGUUGCUUUUGGACACUUUACCAAUGUUGGGAAACGUCCUGUUGUUGUGCUUCUUCGUAUUUUUUAUCUUCGGCAUUAUCGGCGUGCAAUUGUGGCAGGGCGUGUUGAGGCAGCGCUGCGUCCUCAAUCGCGAACAAUAUCCAACCGUCGUUUUUCCCAAGGAAAUAAUCCAGGGAUACCUCUACAAACCGACGGACUUGGAUUUCAUUUGCAGCAAAAAUGCCAACUCCGGCAUGCACUUUUGCACGGAUUUACCGCCCUACAAGAACGGCACGCGAAAAUGCCAUCUCACUUACGAGGAAAAGAUGUUGCCCGAAUUCAAGUAUAACGACAGUCACUGCGUCAAUUGGAAUCUGUACUUUACUCUUUGCUCGGACAAGAAUCAGAAUCCUUUCCAAGAUACGAUUUCGUUUGAUAAUAUAGGAUUAGCUUGGAUCGCCAUAUUCGUUGUAAUAUCGUUAGAAGGUUGGACGGAAAUUAUGUACUACAUUCAGGACGGGCACAGUUUCUGGGAUUGGAUAUAUUUCGUUCUUCUUAUAGUAAUAGGCUCCUUCUUCAUGAUCAAUUUGUGCCUAGUCGUUAUAGCGACGCAAUUCUCCGAGACGAAAAAACGCGAAAUGGAGCGCAUGCGGCUGGAGCGCGCCCGAUUCCAGAGCAGCAGCACCCUGGCCUCUUCCACCAACAACAGCGAGCCCACCAGCUGCUACGCGGAAAUCAUCAAGUACAUAGCGCACUUAUGGCGCCGGGCCAAGCGAAAGGUCACCAAGAAGAUCAGGUUCUUGCGGGCGAGAAGGGACAGGCGCAGGGACAGGAUGAUAUCGGCCGAUACCAUUCGAUUGAACUACGCCAAAAGGCACCAUCCCAGUUGCAUCAGAAUGCUGUUGUUAUCCUCUCAGUCUCAUAGCGCACCUAGUACUAGAGCUGUGUCCAGGACGAGUUCUAUGGUUAGUGAAACUAAUUCCAAAAAUCAGGAUACAUUAGAAGCAGCUGCUACGAAGCGACCUUCUCUACUUAAAGUACAAACGCUGUUUAAUCAAAAUCCUACUAACAAUAACGAAAAUUCAGCAAAUUUGCUUUCUCCUCCUUACGUUUUGAACAACAGACGGCGCUCAUCUGUUAUGUUCAGUGACAUAAUCAUCUUGCAUGGCCAGAACAAUACCGCUUCGGCUCAUAAGAAAAACGUCUGUUCCAGUGAAAAAACUACUCAAGCAGGCGAUGGCAAUAUCUGGCAAAUAACGGAGGCUUCGAAUCAGCAAAUCCAGCAGGAUUGCGAGAACAUAGCCAACGGUGAAACGUUAACGUGCCAGGAAUUAUUGGCCUUGGGGGCGAUAAACGCCGCCCUUUCGACGGGUCAAAUCCUGCUAGACGCGUUCCUGAAUUCGCUCUCGAAAGGCGUGCGAGCUGAACCGGAAAACGACUAUCAGCGACAACCGCCCGACGACGAUUUCUCCUGUUGUCAGGACCUGUGGCACUGCGAGUCCGAGUACAAGAACGAGAAGCGAUCGAAAUUGUACGUGUGCUUCUGCCUGGCCGUGAAGGGCACCCUCAACGCCUUCAAAGUGCUGAGGAAGAAGAUCAAAAUCGUCGCCGAACAUAAACUGUUUCAACACGGAAUUUUACUGGCGAUAUUGAUCAAUACGCUGUCGAUGGGCAUCGAGCACCACGAUCAAUCCGAAUUGUUGACCCACGGUGUGGAAGUUACUAAUGUCAUAUUUUCGGCUGUAUUCGCCGUGGAAAUGGUGCUGAAAAUCAUAGCAGAAGGACCUUUUGGGUACAUCUCCAACGGUUUCAAUGUAUUCGACGGGAUUAUCGUCGUAUUGAGCGCAAUAGAGUUGUUCAGGAACUUCAACAGCCACCAACACACCGACUCCGGGCUGUCGGUGUUGCGGACUUUCCGCCUGUUGAGGAUUUUGAAAUUGGUGCGCUUCAUGCCGAAUUUGCGCCGGCAGUUGUUCGUCAUGCUCAGGACGAUGGACAACGUGGCCAUAUUUUUUUCUUUAUUAAUUCUGUUCAUAUUCAUCUUCAGCAUACUGGGCAUGUAUCUCUUUGGCGGUAAGUUUUGCACCUACAUUGACGAAAACGGCUCGACCAGGGAUUGCGGUUGCGACAUGAUGGACGAUGUGAGGUGUCACUGCGACAGGAAACACUUCAACAACAUCCUUUGGGCCACUGUCACCGUCUUUCAAAUAUUAACCCAAGAAGAUUGGAACAUAGUGUUGUCCAACGGCAUGGCGAAGACCUCCAAUUGGGCCGCCCUUUAUUUCGUCGCUUUAAUGACCUUCGGUAAUUACGUGCUGUUCAAUUUGCUGGUGGCCAUUCUGGUGGAGGGAUUCAGCUCGGAGCGCAACGAGCGCAGGGAAAGAGAGCAAAGGGAAUUGGCCAGAAGGAAGAUGUCUUGCAUUAUUGAGGCGAGCAUCCGGAACAGGGGCAACGGCAGCUCCGAGUCCAGUUCCACCACGGAGAAUUGCUGUCAUGAGAAUAAAACUUGUUGGAAAAAUUGCGAAUUGCGAAAAUUACGAUGCAUUAACGAACAAGUAUCAUCGAUAACCCUUUCAGUCUCCGAUUUUAGGGACAAAUACUCAAACAGUUGUUACGUUUGUAAAGACACAAAGUCUAAUGUUGAAAAAGAAGCAUUAUCUAAACAGUCAUCUCCGCCGAUUAUUACGCACACGGCGGCAACUCCGCAGGAUUCUCCCAACACGAUCAUCCGGGAUUUCCCGGAGUUUCGUUACAGCGUCACUUCUGUAUCGAACACAGCUCUCAAUACCGAUGAUUCGAAUUACGAUAUACUCUCCCAAAACGCACCGAAUACCAAUUUGCUGGUGCCGCCUCGGCUGUCGCCGCCCCCGCUCACCUACCGCCAUUCGAUGAAGCAACAACGAACCGCCGACGAUUCGAACAAAACAUGCAAAUUGAUAACUCACAACGAGAAAAUAGGCGCUAACACCAUCGCUUAUUCGGAGAAGAACGUGCCCAGUGCCAAAUCGGGCUCCAAAUCGAGCUUGAAACGACCCAAAGGAGCGCCGCUGAACAACGGAAGGGAUCACAGGCACUGCAACGGCGGCGGGGGAGUCAACCGACACGUGGCGAUUCCGUCGCAUUUGAAGCGGCAGAACUCGCUGAAGAAGUCGAACAACAAGAAUCGAAUAUCUAAUUACAGUCCGACCAAGCAGAAACUCAUCGGGAAAUCGACGGAGAGCAUCCUGAAUCACAUCAGACUGGAUAAGGAUAUAAAGCGGAGUAUUUUCAACAAGUUGGAGACGUUUUUGGAAUCGACCAGUUGCUUGAAAGAUAGAGAGGAAUAUUCCUUGUACAUUUUCUCCCCGGAAAAUAAAUUCAGAAAAUACUGUUGUUGGAUAGUGAAGCAAAACGGAUUCGAUAACGUUAUAUUGAUAUUCAUCGCAUUGAAUUGCAUUACAUUGGCGAUGGAAAGGCCGAACAUACCGCCGGAUAGUCCCGAGAAAUUGUUCCUGCAAUCGUGCAACUACGUGUUUUCGAUCGUGUUCGCUACCGAGAUGUUCGUUAAGGUGGUGGAUAGCGGUUUGUGUUACGGCCCGAAUGCCUAUUUUACAUCCGGUUGGAACAUAAUGGAUGGAUCUUUGGUGAUAAUUUCGGUGGUUGAUAUAAUUAUGUUUCUAAUAAACGACACCACAUCGAGAAUAUUCGGCAUAUUAAGGGUAUUUCGUUUGUUGAGAUCGCUUAGACCUCUGAGAGUGAUCAACAGAGCUCCUGGUUUGAAAUUAGUCGUACAAACGUUGCUCUCUUCGUUGAGACCGAUUGGAAAUAUCGUUUUGAUUUGUUGCACGUUUUUUAUCAUAUUCGGUAUAUUGGGAGUACAAUUAUUCAAGGGUACGUUUUUUUAUUGCACCGGAGAAAAUCUAACUGGUAUCGAAACGAGGCAAGAUUGCGAAGCUCGAGGAGUGGGUUACCAGUGGAAAAACCAAAAAUAUAAUUUUGACGAUUUAGUGCAGGCUUUGAUGUCGCUGUUCGUUCUGAGUUCGAGAGACGGCUGGGUGAACAUCAUGUACACCGGCUUGGAUGCCGUCGGUGUCGAUAAACAGCCUAAAGUCAAUUACUCCGAGUGGCGACUUCUUUAUUUCAUAUCGUUCAUCCUGUUAGUUGGAUUCUUCGUGCUCAACAUGUUCGUUGGAGUGGUGGUAGAAAAUUUCCACAGAUGUAGGGAGGAGCAGGAGAAGGAAGAGAAAAUAAGAAAGGCCGCUAAAAGGCAAUUGCAAUUAGAAAAAAGACGGAGAAAAAUGAAUGAACUUCCUUACUACAUAGACUACGCUCCUUGGCGGCUAGACAUUCACAAAAUAGUGACGUCUAAAUACUUCGACUUAGCAAUAGCUCUUGUGAUAGGUUUGAACGUGAUAACGAUGGCCACGGAGUGCUAUCAAAUGCCCAAUUAUUGGGAGUACGCCCUUCGCAUUUUCAAUUACUUCUUCACUGCUGUGUUCAUACUCGAAAGUACGAUGAAACUGAUCGCGUUGGGCGUCAAGAUGUAUAUCAAGGAUAGAUGGAAUCUACUCGACGUAGCCAUAGUACUACUAUCCGUAGUUGGAAUUGUUAUAGAAGAAAUCGUUCAAGAUUUGAAAAUUAUACCUAUCAAUCCUACUAUUAUUAGAGUUUUGAGAGUAAUGCGAAUAGCAAGAGUGCUCAAAUUGCUUAAAAUGGCCAAAGGCAUUAGAGCUCUAUUAGACACUGUAAUGCAGGCGCUGCCGCAAGUCGGCAAUCUCGGCCUAUUGUUCUUUUUGUUGUUUUUUAUAUUCGCUGCCCUGGGAGUCGAACUCUUCGGCAGAUUGGAUUGCAACGCAAUUCAUUGUCAAGGUUUAGGGGAGCACGCACAUUUUCAAAACUUCGGCAUGGCAUUUCUGACAUUAUUCCGGGUAGCGACCGGCGACAACUGGAACGGCAUAAUGAAAGAUACUUUGGAGAGCGAGGAUUGCGAUCAACUGGCGGAUUGUAUAACCAAUUGCUGUAUAUCGCCCAUCAUAGCGCCGAUAUUCUUCGUCGUGUUCGUGCUUAUGGCGCAGUUCGUGCUGGUGAACGUCGUCGUGGCGGUGUUGAUGAAGCAUUUGGAGGAAUCCCACAAGCAGCUCGAGGACGAGCACGAUUUAGAGAUUCAACUCGAACAAGAGUUCGCCGAGAAGCAACAGCGCAGCGAAAGGGAGCUCUAUUUAGCGUUACAACUCGAUCAGGAGUGCCAAAAUCAAAAAGAAAAAAAGAGAUUAACUAGAGUUCUGUCACUGCCUUCGAAUUUCGUUUACAAUCCUUCGGGGACGAGCUCAGUGGCCAAGCAAGAGCCUUCGCCGGCUCUAAACACGGAUCUGCAACGCCACCAGUCGAUAAAGCGGUUGAGUCCGAAGCAUUUCAGAAACAUGAAGGGUUCGAGUACGAACUUGACCGUCGAGACGGAUUUGAACGCCCCGUCGAAAUGCCCGACUAACGAUUCGUUCUUGGCAGUACCGCAGGAAAUGAAGCCGUUGAGGGCGUCGGGCAGCUGCAAGAAUUUAUUUCAAAGACAAUCAUCGACAGAGGAAGUAGAAGAGUCUUCGUUUCUUUUGAACGUACCGACAGGCGGAGGAUCUGAGGGUUUUUGGUACGGGAAUGGCGAGAACAAGGCGGACGAAAGAGACGAAAACGUUACCGUAGACAUAGAUGAUACAGAUACAAGUUCAAACAAGGUCGAUCUUAUCUUGUAG